AGUCUAUUCAAUGGGACGUCCGUUCGAUGUUGAUUAACCAGGCCCUCUGGCUGUCACCUGAUGUCAUCGACUCCUACUAGCGAACAACAAUGCCGCUAAGUAUAAGUGACUGGGACAAUAUCAUCAGCAGCAAUCACCUACAACUCUCGCUACAUAACUGCUCAUAACAGUAGCAGAUGAGCUUGAAAGCAGCCGAUUUGGCCAGACAAGCAGCCAGCAAGACGCUCUUCCAGUCUGUCCGCUCGAUUCAACCUCUACUGCACGUCUCAAGAUCCCCGCUUUCUACAGCUUAUCAUCCCACCACUCUCCCAACAACCAAAACAGCAGCCAGACUUCCAUUUCGUUUAUAUAAGAGAACAAUGUCUACGACAAUCCCCGACCGCUACAAGCUCAUCUUCUUCGUGCCACACUCGCACCUCGAACAGUGCAAAGAGGCCAUCUUUGCGACUGGAGCCGGUACCUUCCCUGGAGGCAAGUACAGCAAGUGCGCGUUCCAGAUGCCCGGGCAAGGACAGUUUCUGCCUUCUGGGGAUGCGAAUCCUGCCAUUGGAGCGGUUGGACAGUUGGAGACUGUUGAGGAAAUGAAGGUGGAGAUUAUGUGUCUGGGACGGUCGAUCAUGCUGCAGGCGGUCGAGGCGUUGAAGAAGGCGCAUCCGUAUGAGGAGGUGGCAUAUGAGGUUUAUAAGAUGGAGAAUGUUUGAUUUCUCGUUGGGAUUAUGCUUCUGGAGCCUGUUGUGCUUGCUGGCCAUGAUUCAUGAUGGCGUUUGUACCUGUUUAUAGUUGAUUCAGCGUGGAGAAUCCAUCAUUGACGAGCAGUUAAUGCUGAAGGUCAUGUUUGAGCGUUUUCUCAAGGCUUUGAAACUAUCCAGCGAUAAUAUCUAUGAUAAUAUCUAUCCCAUCCUCGAGAGC